AUGGCGUCUCCAAAUAUGAGCAGUGCUAGUGUAGGAUCUGCAGCCACAAACACAACUGACAUCAAGGCUCCACUUUGGGAUCAUGUAACCAUUCUGGAGAAGCCUAGAACUGGUGGAGGAAAUGCUAUGUGGCGCUGCAAGUACUGUCCAAUGCAAAAACUGAGUAGUUACACUAGAGUUGAAGCUCAUUUGUUGCAGAAGGGGGGAAGGGGGAUAGGUAAAUGUCCUAAUGUUACAUAUGAAAUGCUUAGUGAAAUGAGGAAGGAAAUUGAAAGGUGCAAGAAUCUGGUGGAAAGAUCCAAGUCAAGAACUGUUUCUUUGCCUAUUGCUCCUUCCACAAGCAAUACUGCUGACAGCAAUAAGAGGAACAAGAGGGGGCCUAUUUCUGCAUUGGAAAAAGCUUGGGCAUUAGAAGACCGUAAGCACUUGGAUGCUUUAAUUAGUAGAGCAAUUUAUUCUAGAGGGGUAUCUUUUAAUUUUAUGAGAAAUCCAUAUCUUCGAGAAGCCUUUACCUUUGCUUGCAGCCGCAACAUGCAAGGUUAUGUGAUUCCUGGUUACAACAGAGUUAGGGAGGGACUUCUAAAGCAAGAAAGGAGGCACAUAGAGACUUUGUUGGAGAGCACAAAGAGCACAUGGGCAGAGAAGGGAGUCACAAUUUGCUCUGAUGGUUGGUCAGAUCCUCAGAGGCGACCAAUCAUCAAUUUUGUUGUUGUUUCUGACAAGGCACCUAUGUUCUUGAGGGCUGAUAAUUGUGAAGGUCCGUACAAAUCAAAAGAAUGCAUUGCUGAGAAGUUGAAGGGUAUAAUUGAAGAAGUAGGUCGACAUAAUGUAGUACAAAUCAUUACAGACAAUGCUGCAAAUUGCAAAGGUGCUGGUCUCAUAAUAGAAUCUGAGUAUGAUAACAUAUUUUGGACACCAUGUGUUGUGCAUACCCUCAAUCUUGCGAUGAAAAGUGUAUGUGAACCUAAAAUAGGAAACAACCCCUCGGAUGAAAAAAUAUUUGCUUGGGGGGAACUUGAAUUUAUACAUGAUGUUAAAACUGAGGCUGCUAUGAUAAAGAAUUUCAUAAUGAAUCAUGGCAUACGGCUUUCAAUGUUCAAUGAGUUCAGCAGUUUGAAGUUACUUUCUAUUGCUGAAACAAGAUUUGCCUCUGUUGUUUGUAUGUUGAAGCGGUUUGUUGAGGUAAAAACAGCCCUCCAACAAAUGGUGAUUAGUGACAAAUGGAGUGUGUACAGAGAAGUCAGAGAUGAUUCUCCAACUCCAACAGUCCAAAUUGUCAAGGACUUGAUACUUAGUGAUGUAUGGUGGGACAAGGACUACAUUCUUAGGAUUACUACUCCUAUUUAUGAAAUGAUUCGUAUGACAGACACCGACACACCAUGUCUUCACUUAGUUUAUAAGAUGUGGGAUUCAAUGAUAGAGAAAGUGAAGAAAGUCAAUAUCGAUAUGAGGGCAAGCAAGAAGAUGAGGAGUCAAGUCUAUACUCGAUAUUAUAGCAAAAAGUGGCUUGAAGAAGGUCCUGGCCGUGAACCACCCACAAGGAUAAAGAGAAACUGGAGCACCUAUAGCUUUGUCUAUAGUGUCAAGAGAAAUGCCUUAACUCCAGAACGUGCUGAAGAUUUGGUCUUUGUGCACUCAAAUCUGAGGCAUCUGUCAAGAAGAAUCGAUGCAUACAAGACAGGAGAGACAAAGAUGUGGGAUGUAGGAGGGGAUUCUUUUGAUUCACUUGGUGGUGUUGGCAUUCUUGAAGUGGCUGAUCUGUCCCUUGAUGAACCUAAACUGCAAGCUGUGUCUUUUGGUUUGGAUGAGCCGCCGAUUGAUAUUGUGGAUGACAAUGAAACAAAUGAGGAAUAG